AUGACGAUGGGCAGGACCAUCAGCAUUAGGAACAUCAGAUGCCUCAUCUUGUUGGCUGUUUUACAAUGUCUUCGGGGCUCCAAAUGCAAUCGAAUGCGCGGCGCACACACGGAAAUUUGGCUGGGAAAUCGGCUGAGGGAAAAACGCACGCACAAACAACCUUCGCGAUCGAGUGAAAAUGAAGAAGUGACGGGCUGCGGUGAUAUAGCGGCGAAAACAGAAGCCGACAACGCACGAAGUGGACACGAAGCCGAGACACGACUUUCACUGACAAAUGUCUACGUGGUGCCACGUCUAGGGUUGCAAGGGCCUCUCGAUCGCCACUCUCGCGCAAUCGAUAGUGAGCGGCGACGUUAAUCGCAGCUAUCGAUAGACCUGCGCAACGCAGCCAACUUCACGUCGCUGUGCCGAUAACCGCUCAACUUCCUUUUUGCUUGCGGCUGUCAAUUGAAGCGCAUCUUGCACGUGAAUUCUCUGCGAAUUUAGCAUUUUUAGAGAUCUAACAUGGACAAACCAGUUGUGUGGGCACGCGUCAUGAAGGUUCUGGGCCGCACCGGCUCCCAGGGUCAGUGUACCCAGGUGAAGGUCGAGUUCCUGGGCGAGCA